CCUAGUGACGCCAACGGUACUUAGUAGACGCUCAAAACACUAUAUACCAGUCAUAUGUUCUUCCUUCUUAACUGAAAAAAAAAACAGUAUGUCGCUUCUUCAAGCGUAUUCUUCCUUGUCAUCAAGCUCGUCAAGAGCUACUGUAUCACAUACACUUUACUCAAUCGUUGGUGCUCCAUCUAUCGAUCCUGCUUCCUGUAAAGCACUUAUUCAACUCAUCCUUGACGAUCUACGGAACGUCAUUAUUGAUGAAUCCCCCAGCCGUUUAACCCGUGACAAUGCAUUGUCCGCUCUUGCUGCCGUCAAAGGCCUUGGUAAAAUACCCCACGGUGCCCAAGUCCUUGCAUCAGUUCCUAACCUUAAAUGUCUUAUGACACUCGCCCUAAAUCUCGAAACAACUCCUGACGCAUCAAACGAAGCUUUGAAGUGUGUUGCCAACACCUUACUCCUUAGUGAACCUGCUCGCACAAGAAUAUUGAGUCAAGAAAUUGAUGGAGGAAAUAUAUGUGUUGACCUCCUCCAGAAAUCUACAGCACCCGAAAACACCUUUCUCUCAUCCAGAAUCCUCUUUCUCUGUACUGCAUCGCCUCAUCAGUCUGCUUCUUUCAUUGAAUCAAUCGUUGAGACAAAACGCACUGCCAAUGGAACAAUAAUCGAUGUCAUUGCCUUCAAGUUAGAUGAUUUAAUCGUAUCAAUGCAAGCUGGAGUAAAGAUGUCGCGCGAUGCCAUGACAGAUCUCUUGAAGCUCACCUUCAAUCUUCUCGUCCACUAUCCAAAGUUGGCCCCUUCUGAGGUCCAAUCUCCUGCCUUAGCCGCCUCUCCUGAUGAUCAAAAAGUAAUGGGAGAUUUCUGGAAUUCGCGACUUGAUGGCAUCCUACCUCCGCUUGUUCGUGCUUUUCAGGCCAUCCCUCUUUCCUCCCCAAACCCUCUUACCUCGCCGUUGACUCACAUUAUACAUUCGCUGAUUACUAUCCCUGUCGACGCAUCAUCCCGAACGAUAUGGUUCGGUACUCGUCCAUCUUCACAUCCGACUACCCCCCCACAGCCCAGUUCCCCCGAGCCCACCACCUCUGCUUUGGCUGGUUCGUGCAACCAGUCAACGCCCAAGGAGCCAAAGAAUAGGCAACUUGAACGCGCCAUAUCGUGUGUCAUUUCAGCCGGUCGCCGUUCGUUCUCCCGCUCUUCACGUUCCGCAUCACCUCCCGCUGCUGACUGCGCCUCACGCGCUUAUGAACUCCUGGACACGACCCUUGCGCAUUUCCUUCCAAAUGACAUCGAUCCCGACGAUCCUGCAGUACGAGAUUUAUGCAAGGCCGAUGGGGACACAUCCCUGGAUGAAGUCGUGUGCCCGCUUGUUUUACUGAUUACACGAUUCUGUCUUGGCGACGACGACGCCAAGACACGACUAAGACAGUGGCUAGUGCCUGAAAACUUGGAUAGGACAAAUCCUUUGGAAAAGAGGGCAGAUCUUCUAGGCCGAUGUUUGAGACUUCUUGCAUCCGUCUACCACAGCAGGUUGAAGGACGCUACAGGAGAAAUGUUGUACGCCAUGUGUGAUUCAAACGCCACAACCCUUGCUGGUUAUUUCGGAUACGGGAAUGUUGCUGGUUUCUUGUUCCACAAAGGCGUCGUCAGUGCACCGCCUGUGAGCGCGGCCUCAAGUGGCCCACCGACCACUGCUUCAGGUUUACCCAUCAACCCCAUUACUGGCACCGUCGAGCAUCCCUCAGAAACUAUUGACAUGACUGAUGAAGAGAAGGAACGUGAGGCAGAGAAGUUGUUUGUGUUAUUUGAUCGGCUUGAGAAGACUGGUGCGCUGCCUCCGAGUCAGAAUCCCUAUCGGAAGGCGUUUCAAGAGGGGAAAAUGGGUUAAUAGACGAAGUUAUCAUGGACUUGUUCACUUAUAGAUACCAUUCCUUGUUUUUCCUUACCCUGAAUCACAGUUAAUAAAGUACGAUAGAUC